CCUCCGGUAACCACACCGCAACCCAGUUCAAACCGCUAAACAAGGGGAGCGCAGGCGUUCCCUCCGGGAUCAAGAAAACGAUAAAUACCAAGAAGCGCAGGCAUUCUCCCCUCUUCCUUCUCGCAGCAAGAAAGAAAAAGGGGAGGGGGGGAAAUAAUCUCAUUUUUAGGGCUUUCGUUUUCCCCCGAAAGAUGUCGUCGGUUCGUCGUCCGUCGAACUCAUCGUCGGUGGCCACGCGAGUCGUCGUCCCCUUGCAAAGCGGCGGGCGCGGCGGAUAAUGGAAGUAAUGCGGCGGUUCCAGCGGCCUCGAAGGCCGCGGCAGCGGUUCUGGCGGUGGAGCACCGCAGGCCAAGAAGAGGAUCGCGCUGGCGAAUUUGACCAAUCAGGGAAUCGCGGGAAGGGAGUUUGCUGGGGUGCCAGCUGCAAAGGGUUCCAAUGCAAAUAUGGCGUGUUCAGCUUCGACUGUGAAGAAGGUGCCAUCUUCUUCCGUUCCUGAGAUAGUACCACACCGUAGUUUCGUGAGUACAUCUUCUACUGUGAAGCCAACUACUAUUAUGCUAAGCAAGCCCCCUUUGGUCCCAGUGAAGAAUGAACCCAAAAAAGCUGUUAGUUCCAGACUUGUACCUUGCAGUACUGCAACAUCUCCAAACGAGUCCAGAGAUUCUAUUUCUUUUGAUGAAAGUAGGUCCAUCUGUUAUUCUAUGAGAAGUCCAGAGUUUGAGUAUAUAGAUAGUGGGGAUUCUUUGGCAGUGGCUUCCCUGGAAAGGCGUGCAAGUAACAAUCUCCAUAUAUCUGAUGAUUCAGACGGAUAUGAAUGGAAGAGAGAUGUCGCUGUCCCGAUGGAGAUGAGUGAUAGCGUCAUUGAUGUUGAUGAGAACCAGAAAGAUCCACAAUUGUGUUCAACAUUUGCUCAUGAUAUUUACGAGUAUUUACACAUUGUUGAGACUAGAACAAGGCCUUCAACAGAUUAUAUGGAGAGGGUUCAGAAAGACAUAAACACUAGCAUGCGUUCAAUCCUAAUAGAUUGGCUUGUGGAAGUAGCAGAAGAAUACCAGCUUGUGUCAGACACAUUAUACCUGGCUGUCAAUUACAUUGACCGUUAUCUCUCUGGUAAUGAGAUGAACCGCCAGAGGCUACAACUUCUUGGAGUUGCUUGCAUGCUGAUAGCAUCGAAAUAUGAAGAGAUAUGUGCCCCACAAGUAGAAGAGUUUUGUUACAUAACUGACAACACAUACUUUAAGGAAGAGAUAUUGCAAAUGGAAGCUGCUGUUCUGAAGUACUUGAAGUUUGAAAUGACAGCCCCAACAACAAAGUGUUUCUUGAGGAGAUUUGUCCGAGUUGCUCUAAGGUGUAAUGAGGUUUACCUGCUCGACCUACAGUUUCUUGCCGAUUAUAUUGCAGAGCUAUCACUUCUUGAGUACGACAUGCUUCGUUAUCCAGUAUCAAUGGUAGCUGCUGCAUCUGUAUUCCUGGCAAAAUUCAUACUUCAACCGAAAAAACAUCCUUGGAAUGCCACUCUGCGUCAUUACACAGCAUACCAACCCUCCGAGCUGUUUGAAUGCGUGAAUGCUCUUCAUCAUCUUUUCUCUAAUAGACCAGGCAACAACUUACCUGCAAUUAGAGAGAAGUAUAGCCAGCACAGGUACAAGUUUGUGGCCAAGAAAUUUUGCCCUCCGUCAAUACCUUCAGGGUUCUUCCAGAAUCCCAGUGGUUAGGCCUUUGAUCAGAGACAUCCAAUUCUUUGUUGGUGGUUUCAGUAACAAGCAUCUACCAUUUUUCCCGCUGCCAGUUUUGAUUGAUUUCUGUAUAGCUCUGAUAAGUCUAAUGUUCGAGUGAUGUAUCUGCAAAUGCCAUAAAUUUGGUGUGUGUUUUUUUUUUUGUGGUGCUUGCUUGGUUCGUUUGUAGAUUGUAUAAAGACAUUUUUUACUAAUAGCCCACAUGUUGAUAAAUUUGAGUUUAUAUU